AUGGGAUCGUUUUUGCCGGCGUUUGGCCACCCGGCGUCUGCGCAGCCGACGCCGUACGGGCUGAACCGCUACUUGCUGCUGCUGAUAUACAUGGUGUUUGUAGUGCUGAGUUCGAGUGACUACUUGGGCUGGGGGCCGCUGAGCGCCGUGCUGCUGCGCGCGGGAGCGUUCAGCUGGCGCUGCAGCAGCAGCGAGCCGCUCGCCGCGAGCAGCAGCGGCGUCGGCGCCGCGCGGCCCUCCCCAGCCCCCCCCCCCAGCAGCAGCAGCAGCAGCAGCAGCAGCAGCAGCAGCAGCAGCAGCAGCGCGGGGGCGGCGGUGGCGCUGUGCGGGGCGCAGCAAGACGCAGUGCGGGCGCUGUUCUCGUACGCGUACGGCGCGCGCUUCGUGGCCACAGCAGUGGCGGGGCUGCUGGUGGACCUGGCCGGGCCAAAGGUGACGGCGCUGCUGGGAGCAGCAGCAAGCGUGGGCGCGUGGCUGCUGCUGGGGGCCUCUUCUGCUGCCUUCCCCGCGCACUACCCGUCGUUCGUGCUGCUGGGGGGCGGCAGCGGGCUGACGCAGCUGCCGCUGCUGUGCGUGGCGAACCUCUUCCCGGGGGGCCUGGGGUUCAGCCUGACGCUGCUGGGGGCUGCUGCUUCGCUGUCCCACGCUGCGCCCUCGCUGCUGAACUUGCUGCACUCCCGCGGCAGCCCUUUUGCUGCGCUUUGCUUCGGCUACGCUGCAUGCGUGGCGCUCCUCGGGCUGCUGCUCGUGGGGCUGCUCGUGCCUCUCGACGGCUUCAUCGGGGUGGACCUUUUCGUGCUUGUCCGCUCCAUGCCUUCGCAGCGCCCCUCCGUCGCCAACAGCGCCGACCCUGCUGCGCCGCAGCAGCAGCAGCAGCUGCAGCUGCAGCUGCAGGGCGCGCAGCUCCAGGCCCUCCCGCUCCAGGCGCAGCCCCAGGCGCUCCAGCUCCAGCACCACCUCCAGCAGCAGCUCCACCAGCUCCAGAUCCAGCAGCAGCAGCAGCUCCAGCAGCAGCAGGCCAGCCCCGCAGCAGCGGCAGCAGCGGGCCCCGAAAGGCUGCAGCGCACUCUCUCCAGCUGGGAAGAAACCCAGGGACUCUCCGGGGGCGCUGCUGGCCUCAGCACUGUCACCGACGAAGAGUACUUCCGCCCCUUCAAGUUCGAGGCCUGCACUUUUCUCUACGUGGCCAUUUGUCUUUACUUCACUGUCUGCAGCAUCUCCGUCUUGUACUACAUCAAAACUGCGAGGGACUUCCUCUCCAGAAAGGCCGUUCGAGUCCUCGAGGUCGCCGCGCCCCUCUCCGUCCUUCCCUGCGUCAUCAUCGGCAGAGUGUCGGACUUCGUGCCGGUGGUGUACAUGAUGAUGGGGCUGAACUUGGUGGGGGCUUUGAGCUACAUGUUUGCUUCGAUAGGGACUGGGGGCUGCGUGGUGGCGUCUGUGGUUUUGUUUUGCAUUUACUUGGCCCUUUUUGUGUCGCAGAUGUUCAUUUACACCAAGACCCUCUUCACUUCUGCAAACUUCGGAAAACUCGCCGGAGUCUGCUGCCUCGUGGGGGGCCUCGUGUCUGUGGGAGUUGAAAAGCUGUACGACUUGGUGGUGGAGAGGCUGCUGGCUGGCGACUGCCGCCCCGUCUUGUGGCUGCACUUCGGCGUGCUGCUGCUGCUCUACUUGCUGCUGCUCCCCAUGGCCAGAGCAGCAGCAAGGAAGAAGGCCGAGCUCAACUGCUACAGAGAAAUUGCCCCCAAGGUCACCACGGCCAGGACCUUCCCAGACGUUGCCCUGCGCCUCACCAGACCCCCGCCCUCUUCCCGAACCAGCUCUUAA